UUGCUUUCACGACAACGCCUGAAGUGUCUCCGUCCCAAUCCAACAACCACACCCGCUGCAAAUGUCGUAGCGAUCUAUGAAGAUCCAUAAACCCCUUGUCGGCCAAUUUCUUGUCCCCAACGCCUCUUCACCUUGUGAUUGAUUGAUUGAGAGAGAGAAAGAGAGAGAGGAUGGUGGUGAGGGGGAACGAGGUGUUGCGGGCGCACCUGGGGAUGGCGCUGGUGCAGAUGGCGAACGGCGGCUACCACGUCCUGACCAAGUCCGUGCUCAACGUCGGCAUGAACGAGGUGGUCUUCUGCGUCUACCGCGACCUCCUCGCCAUCUCCAUCCUCGGCCCCUGCGCCCUCCUCCAACACCGCAGAAGCGUCCGACUUCAACUAACUCAGCGCCUCUUAGCAUCAUUUUUUCUUCUUGGUUUCACUGGGAUAUUUGCAAACCAGCUUCUAUUUCUUCUUGGCCUAAGCUACACAAACCCAACAUAUGCAGCAGCUAUUCAGCCUUCAAUACCAGUCUUUACAUUCAUCUUGGCUGUAGUACUGGGUGUUGAGACAAUAAACUUGGAUGCAAACGAAGGUCGUAUGAAGGUUGUGGGGACGCUUGUUUGCGUUUCUGGUGCAAUACUAAUGGUCCUUUAUCGAGGUCCAGCUGUUGUUGGAUCCAAUAUCGUUGACCUAUCUUAUUAUAGUGUGGGAACCAUGAAACCUCAAUCUCAAUCGGCUGGAUGGUUAGCAUCUUUUCUCACUGGAUUUGGACUUGAGAAGUGGCAUAUCGGUGUUUUGUGCUUGAUAGGGAACUGCUUCUGCAUGGCUGCCUAUUUUGUUAUGCAGGCUCCAGUGCUGACAAAGUAUCCUGCCAGUUUAUCUUUGACGGCAUAUUCAUACUCUUUCGGGGCUCUGAUGAUGGUAUUGACUGGAAUAUUUACCACCAAUGGUUACACAGAGUGGCUGUUGACACCACCGGAGAUAAUUGCUGUCUUAUAUGCAGGAAUUGUUGCAUCUGCGAUGAACUAUGGGAUAAUGACAUGGUCCAACAAAAUUCUAGGGCCUUCAAUGGUAUCCCUGUACAAUCCUCUUCAACCCGCAUCAUCCAGUGUAUUGUCAAUGAUCUUCCUCGGAAGCUCCAUUUAUCUUGGAAGCAUUGUAGGAGGGAUUUUCAUCGUUAUCGGCUUAUACUUGGUAACUUGGGCACGCUUUAAGGAGACUGAAUCAGCCAUAUGUGGAUGCCAUGAACAUGCAACUCAUCUCGAAAAUGUCUCCCUUAUGAAGAAAGCCGACACUUCAUCUAGCUUUUCGGUGAUUCCUUAGGCCGAGGCUUCAUUGCCUCAUGAAUCAUUAUUAGUUGUUCGUGGCAGCUUCCUUCCUAAAUUGAUUUUGAUAGAGAACAACAUCAAAUGCAAGAGUCUUCUUUUUUUUUUUUUCUGUAGAGUUUAUUGCUUGUAGAAAUAGAAAUUGUGGCUAGUCCUUGUUUGGCUACCAUACCA